GCUCGGUAGCCGGUGGAGGAGGAAGGUGCUGUGACUGGCGAGCUGCUCGCGCAGUGACGCGUACAACCGCGAGGUCAGGACAUCGGCGCGAGCGAUGCGAGUCAGGGGCUGCGAGGAAACAGACUAGAGAGAAACACCUCUGCCGGGUAUCGUCUUGUUUCAGCGGCGUGAAGAGAAACACAGUGCAGUGAGCAUGUCGGUGCUAGCUUUGCAAGAGUAUGAAUUCGAGAGACAGUUCAACGAGGACGAAGCUAUCCGAUGGAUGCAGGAGAACUGGAAGAAGUCCUUUCUCUUCUCUGCACUCUAUGCUGCCUGUAUCCUCGGGGGGCGCCAUGUCAUGAAACAAAGGGAGAAGUUUGAGUUGAGGAAACCAUUGGUGCUGUGGUCACUCACCCUUGCUGUAUUCAGUAUUUUUGGUGCCAUCCGUACUGGGAGUUACAUGACGUACAUCCUGAUGACGAAAGGGCUCAAACAGUCAGUUUGUGACCAGAGCUUCUACAACGGGCCUGUCAGCAAAUUCUGGGCAUAUGCUUUUGUACUCAGUAAAGCACCAGAGCUGGGUGACACUCUGUUUAUCGUCUUGAGGAAACAGAAGCUCAUCUUUCUCCACUGGUACCACCACAUUACUGUGCUGCUCUACUCCUGGUACUCCUACAAGGACAUGGUGGCUGGCGGUGGGUGGUUCAUGACAAUGAACUACUUGGUCCAUGCUGUCAUGUACUCUUACUACGCACUGCGUGCAGCUGGUUUCAAGCUGUCACGCAAGUUUGCCAUGUUCAUCACACUGACCCAAAUCACACAGAUGUUGAUGGGGUGUGUAGUCAACUACCUGGUGUACUCGUGGAUGCAGCAGGGCCAGGAGUGUCCAUCCCACAUGCAGAACAUUGUUUGGUCCUCCCUCAUGUACCUCAGCUACUUUGUGCUCUUUGUCCAGUUCUUCUUUGAAGCCUACAUCGGCAAGUCCAAAUCAUUGGCUAUGGCUGCCACCAAGAAAAGCGAGUAAAAAAUAAAUGCCAUAAGUAUGAGAAGAAGGGAGAUAAUGUAAAAAGGGAGUUUGAAAUUGAGAGCAGGGACCAGUGUCAUGAGAGAUGAAUGGGCUUAGGUGUGAGAGAGGUGGCAUGUAGCCCACGAAGUCUAGUGGGGGUGGGAGGGUCAUGAAAUGGUUGGUGUUUGUGCUUGAGCAUUAUUACUAAUGUGCAGGUCUUUAAAAAAAAAACAAAAUGAAAAAAAAAAAAAACCAACAUUGAAGGUUAUGUCUCCCUUGAGGGAUGCUAUAGAAACAGCACCACCAUGAUCAAAAGCCAUCACAAGUUGUCCACCUGAAGUUUAAAAGCCCCCGUUUUAAAUUCACAUUUAAAAGUUUUUCCAAAUGUAACGGAUAACAAAAGGAUCAAAAUCACCAGAUUAAAAACAAAUUACAUCUACCACAAGCAUAAGUUUACUUAUAUAGAUAUAUAUAUAUAUAUAUAUUUAAAUAUAUAUGUAUAUUGAAAAAAAGACGGUACAUAUGAAGAUGGAGUUAACAUUAACACAGGCCAUCUGAGUAUGUUUUUGUUUGUCUGUCUGUCGUCAGUGUUGUUUUGGUUAGAUCUGUCAAAGGAAAAGUUUGGAGCGCUGGUGAGUACAUGGAGCUGAAGUGUUGGUGGUUGAUGUGAACUGAUGGGGUGAACGGCACUGUGUCGUCUGUCUUACAUUGCAAAAUGCGAUAUUUUUCUCAGGUCUUAGGUUAUCUCUUUCUUAAUAUAAUAUGCAUAUCAAGACAAAGUAGACAUGUUUAACAUCUGCACCACUUUACAGUAUGGCUGAAUUUCAUCUAGAAUGUCUGCAUAAUUGAGAAAAAAAAGUAUGAAUGGAGCUGAUUGGACUGAGUGUUGAUCACACUGCUCCUGGCCGUGAUGGGAAACAGAUGCUGACAGUGCCCUGCUUCACCACUUGUCAUGACCUUGCAGAAGUUGCCAACCACACUUGGAAAAUUACUUGCCAUUGACUUCCAAGCACUUCGCUGUGUUAAAGGGUCCCUACCAGUGACGAAACCAGUCUGUUGGACAAUGAAUGCUUAAAUGGAGGAAGAGCAUAUUUCUGUUUAGCAAAAGAAAAAAAAAUUCAAACAUGCAAAUUGUCAAAAUCUGCUGUAUUGAAAAAAAUAGUAUGUAUCCUUAAUGGUGUCUGUUGUGCUAUUGUGCAUUUGCACUGUAUCAAUGUAAAAAAAUAUGUUGCUGACAAACUUAACGUAUGAACAAAGUGCAAAAAUGUGA